CACGCCCCUUCUUAAAGGGGCCGCGCCCGGGGCCCGGCCAUGCUCUCCCAGAUCUUCAUCCUGUCCUCCAAGGGCGACCGGCUCAUCCACAAGGACUUCCGCGGGGAGACCUGUGGCACCAGCACGGACCUCGCCGACACCUUCUACCGCAGGAUCACCUCGCUGCCGGGGGACCAGGCCCCCGUCUUCAUGGCACACGAGGGUCGGCACUUUGUCCACGUGCGGCACGCGGGGCUCUACUUCGUGGCCACCACAACGCCGGACGCGUCACCCUUCACCCUGGUGGAGUUCCUCAACAGGCUGGUGACGCUGCUGCGGGACUUCUGCGGGCCCCUCAGCGAGAAGAAUAUCAGCCUCAACUUCGCCCUUAUCUACGAGCUGCUAGAUGAGAUGCUGGACUAUGGCUACAUCCAGACCACGGCGCCUGAGGUGCUGCGCAACUUCAUGCACACGGAGCCCACGGCCACCAAACCCUUCAGCCUCCUCGACCUGGGCUCCAUUGGGCUGUUUGGCGCCGAGACACAGCAGAGCAGGGUGGCCCCCAGCUCCGCCGCCAGCCGCCCCGUGCUGCCACCCCGGGGGGAGCAGGGCACCAGGAACGAGGUCUUUGUGGACGUGGUGGAGAGGCUGACGGUGGUCAUCGCUGCCAACGGGACACCCAUGAAGGUGGACGUCCAGGGGGAAAUCCGCCUCAAGUGCUACCUGCCCAGCUGUGCGGAGAUGCGCAUCGGGCUGACAGAGGAGUUCUGCGUGGGCAAGUCGGAGCUGCGGGGCUACGGCACAGCUGUCCGGGUGGACGAAUGCGCCUUUCACAGCUCCAUCAAGCUGGACGAGUUCGAGAGCGGGAGGGUCCUGAAGGUCACCCCGAGCCAGGGGGAGCUCACGCUCAUGCAGUACCAGCUGGCAGAUGACAUCCCCUCGCCUCUGCCCUUCCGCCUCUUCCCCACCGUGGACCAGGACCCCACGGGGAGGCUCCGGCUGUACCUGAAGCUCCGCUGCGACCUGUCCCCCAAGAGCCAAGCCCUCAACGUCCGCCUGCAGCUGCCCGUGCCCAAGGGGGUGAGCAGCCUGGCGCAGGAGCUGAGCAGCCCCGAGCAGACGGCCGAGCUGCAGCCUGGCACCAAGUCCAUCCGCUGGGACAUCCCGCGCUGCCAGGGCGGGUCACAACUGUCGGCGCUCUUCAAGCUGGAGGUGCCGGGGCUGAGCCAUGCGUCGCUGCUGGAGCUGGGCCCGGCCAACCUGGCCUUCGAGCUGCCCGCGCACACCUGCUCAGGGCUGCACGUCCGCUUUGUGCGGCUGCCGGGGCCUGCUGGGCCCCCGCAGCGCUGGGUGCGCUACCUCACCCACAGCGACUCCUACGUGCUGCGCCUCUGAGCAGGGACCCCCCUGCCGAGACCCUCACCCCGCGGACCCCUGACACUGGGAACCCGCGCCCCGACACGGGGGACCUGCGCCCUGAAAGGAGGACCAGUGCCCCAGCGCCGGCUGUCAACCGAGUGUUUAUUAACCAUCACCGAACAGGGCCCAGGGAGCCGGGCUCCCCCGGAUUUGGGCUCGUAACAACAAUAAACAGGCGCCAAACUGC